AUGGAAGAAGACUUUAAUAUGUCCAAGCUAACCUUAGUGUUGGGACUUAAUACCAAUGAGUUGGUGGCCAAUUGGGCACCUAAGGGUGUUGUCAAAGGAUUCACAAGGAAAUGCUUUGAAGACCAUGCCUAUAAGUUGGUUAAAGAAGAAAAGUGGAAAUUAUGUGGUGCAGUCUUGACACUUUUAGUUCAUGGAAUUGUCUUAUUCCCAAACAUUGACAAUUUCGUAGAUCAUUUGGAAGUAGAGAUUUUCUUGGCUGGCAACCCAGUGCCUUUCCUGUUAGAAGAUUUCUACCAUACUUUCCAAACUAGGAAUGAAAAGAAAAGUGAGAAUUUCCUUUGUUACGCUUUGCUCCUUCACCUAUGGAUGAAAACCCGCAUGCCACAAAAAGAUCCAUUUGUCUCUAAAGGUCUCACAAAAGAGAGUGGGAAACUGAAAAAUGUCAUACUCAAAUAUAGAGGGUUCCCUAGUGUACCUUUGAUAGGGACACAUGGUUGCAUCAAUUAUAACCCCGUGUUACUCAAAAGAAAACUUGGGGAUGCAAUGGUUAGUCCUCCCGGAGAUAAAGACCUUGUGCCAUGCAUCAUUAAUGAUGUUGAUCCAUUUAAUCCAGCUGUAAGGAGAGUGAGAAGAGCUUGGACGAAGAUAAUCAGAAUUGGUCAAGAAUGGGGAAAGAAGAAUGUCAUAUCCAAAGAACCAUACAUCCAGUGGGUAAGAGAACAAGCUCAAAUUGUAAAGAAUUGGUUUGCUAAGAUGAUCAACAUGCAUGCUUAUGGACUGUUUGAAGUUUUGGUUCAAUGCUUUUUAUGA